AUCUCUUCCUUGCUCUGUUUGAAGCUGUUCCUAUUACAGCCUGUACUUUUUCCUCUUCGUUAUAAUAUACACUGCCUCUAGACCAGAGUCUGCACUUCAAAGAUCAUGCUGCAGUAGUAGUAAUAGAGUGGCUGGGAGAAUUGCCUGCAGGACUAUGCCCAACCUCACCUCUGGAUUUACUAAUGUUUAACUAUUUGGACUGGAGCUGUUGACUGGUCACGGGAUAAAUAAUAUUUAAACUUUUUUUUUUCUUUUUGUCUCCACUGCUCUCCUUCACCCUGGAUCAGGGAACUACAUUCCCCAGACAGAGCCCAAAAAAAUGAAGACAUGGGUGAAGUGGUUGAUCGGAUUGCUGGUGGGGGCAGUAGUUGUGGUUGCCAUAGCUGUUCCUGUGGCUCUGCUGGCAUUUAAAGAUGAGGGAGAGUCAGACAGUCGGCUGACGUACACAUUGAAUGACUAUUUUGGUGAUCGGUUAAGGUAUAAAUCCUAUGGACUGCAGUGGAUUUCAGAUUUUGAAUAUCUCCGUCGGACGCCAGACUAUAAUGUGGUUGUAUAUAACGUGGACACGGAACAGACAACGAUACUCCUGUCAAACACCACAAUAGAUAGAAACAAUGAAUCAUUCUACGAGGUGUCACCGGAUAGGAAAUAUGCGCUGGUGCAGUACAACUAUGAGAAGGUUUGGAGGCAUUCAUACAAAGCCUCUUACCGGAUCAUUGAUGUUGAGAAGAAGCAGUAUGUAACUGCACAUGAACUACCUCACAGUAUUCAGUAUAUUACGUGGGCUCCUGAGGGUCAUAAACUGGCUUAUGUUUGGAAAAACAACAUUUACGUCAGAGAUUCUCCAGAGAAGCCGAGUGUUAAUCUCACAUCUGAUGGUGAAGAAGAUAAAAUUUUAAAUGGAGUACCGGAUUGGGUGUAUGAAGAGGAAAUGUUUUCCACAAACUAUGCUUUAUGGUGGUCACCGAGUGGCAGAUUCCUGACCUAUGCUCAGUUUAAUGAAACUGGCGUUCCAAUUAUAGAAUAUACAUUUUAUGGAGAUGAGUCUGAACUGUAUCCACAGACAAUUCAUAUCCCAUAUCCAAAGGCAGGAACAAAAAACCCCACCGUGAGACUCUUUACUGUAGAUACAGCAUCUCUUGACAAUUUAACAUUUGUGGAAAUUCUAGCACCAAACAGGAUCAUCUCCGGAGACCAUUACUUGAGCACCGUGACAUGGGCUACAGACCAAAGGCUGGCCAUCCAGUGGCUCCGAAGGAUUCAGAAUGUUUCGGCAAUUUUAAUGUGUACACAUCUAGACCCCUCAUGGCACUGCGAAGAUAUGUAUAGUGAAGAGAGCCAAACUGGCUGGGUUGGAAAUUUUGGGCCCAGUGAACCACUCUUCGUCUCAGGAAUUCGAUUUUAUAAGAUCAUCAGCAACGAAUUUGGUUACAAACAUAUACAUUCAUAUGGUGUAGGGAUGCCGAUGCCAUUAACAAACGGAAGUUAUGAAGUUACCAGCGUAGUUAAAAUAGUGGAAAAUGAUUUGUAUUAUAUAAGUAAUGAAGGAGAGCCAUCAUUCAGACAUCUUUACAAGAUGAAGUUGGUUUACCCACAUACUGCACAAUGUGUUACCUGCAAACUGCUCCCUGAAAGAUGCCAACAUUACUCUGCGUAUUUUAGCAAAAAUGGAAAAUAUUAUUCGCUAAACUGUAAUGGUCCAGGAAUCCCUUUCUAUACUCUUUACAGAAGCACCAAUGAUACAAUGGUAAAAGUUUUGGAAAGUAACGAAGAAUUAAGUGCUUUGCUUAAUGAUAUCCAACUACCUACAAAAGAAAGAAAAUCUAUAAAACUUCAUAAUUUUGAUUUGUGGUAUAUCUUGACUUUGCCUCCACACUUUGAUAAAUCAAAGAAAUACCCUCUGCUGAUCGAUGUAUACGGCGGUCCUUGCAGUCAGAAGGUUGAUCAAUAUUUCAGGCUCAACUGGGCCACUUACCUUGCCAGUACUGAGAAAGUUAUUGUAGCCAGCUUUGAUGGCCGAGGGAGUGGAUAUCAGGGUGACAAAAUCUUACACCAGUUAUAUCGAAGACUCGGAACAGUAGAGGUAGAAGAUCAGAUCGAGGCCGCCAGGCAUUUCAAAUCGCUGGGAUUUGUUGAUGAAAAAAGAAUAGCUAUUUGGGGCUGGUCUUAUGGGGGUUAUGUAACUUCUAUGGUGCUUGGCAGUGGAAGUGGCGAGUUCAAAUGUGGCAUUGCAGUAGCCCCAGUAUCAAGCUGGCAUUAUUAUGACACUAUUUACACAGAGAGGUACAUGAGCCUUCCUACACCAGAAGAUAAUCUUGAGAAUUACGAGAGUUCAACAGUCAUGGCAAGAGCAUCGAAGUUUAAGGAUGUGGGAUACCUUCUAAUCCACGGCACAGCAGAUGACAAUGUUCACUUUCAACAAGCGGCACAAAUUUCAAAAGCUCUUGUUGAUGCCGGAGUGGACUUUGAGACUAUGUGGUACACCGAUAAAGACCAUGGAAUUGGAGGGCUGGCCAACAGGCACAUCUACACCCAUAUGAGCCAUUAUCUGAAGCAAUGUUUCAAUCUACAAUAACGGUGGACAAAUCCAUUAUGGAACCUCGACCUUUACACUGUGACAAAUAAAAGGAGACUUUUUUUUUCCCGAAAUGAUCAUAAAUAAGCAAAGAUCAAUAAAUUUAGACCCAAAUACCAAAGCCAAGGACACCAUUUUUUGUAACUCCUGUAGGAAUGAAUGAAACACACACAGUCUAGUGGACAUACACUCCUGAAUAGUAUAAAUGUAUUUUAAGAUAUUAGAUCCCAUUACCUAAUGUAUAGCGGAUGAAUAAUUAGGAGGAUAAUCUAUUUAUAUGUCGAAGUAAACUCCUCAAAUGCCUGAGGAAUUGUUGCAUUAAUAUACAUAUCCCCUUAUACUGCGAGAGAUGUGAUCUUCAGGGAAUACUCAAGCACUUGGAAUUGUUCCUCAUGUUUAUGAAUUUUUAACUACUGUCUAAUUAAAACAGAAAGUACUCAA